AUGAGAAGGUGUCACUCUUAUUAUGCACCAAUUUGGACACCAGAUGAAAUCUGGAUACUAUGGAGAGAACAAUGGAAAGAGAAAACGACAGCUGAUUGUGUUCAGGAAUUGAUGGACUGGUGGGGUCCAAUUAAGAUAAAAAUUAUUCAUCUAAUUGAAGCUGGUGCCUCUUUUCCAGAUGCUAGUUUAAUACAUGACAAGUGGUUUGAAGAAUUGGCCCAUGAACAAUUACAAAAAGGUGGUCAGUUUUUUGUGCAAUUCUUAGAGCUAAUCCCAUUCAAUAAACUUGGUCAAGUAUCAGACUUUCAGCAACCUCAUGCACAAUGCAAAUAUUGUAAUUAUGAAAUAAAUGCUGCUGUUGGAAAUCAACAAUCUGAUGAUUUUUAUGAUUCUGAUGUAACUUACUAA